CUUUGCUCUCUAUAUCUUGCUUUUAGUAUUGUGAUUUCUCUCCAAGAAGUAGCUACUGUUUUAAUUUCAGAUCUCUUCAAGAAUCAAGAAGGAGAAUUAGGCAAAAGAUUAAAUAUGACUGCUGAAGUAAAGGUGGAGGAGAAACAGGUAGAGUCUGCGGUUGUUAUUGCAUCUGUGGAGGAGGAGACAACAGUUAAAGUUGUUGUUGAGGAAGAGAAAGAGACUAAGGUUGAAGAAGAAGAAGAUGAGAGCAAGCCUAAGGGUGUUGAGAAGAUAUCUUCUUUCAAGGAAGAAAGCGAUUUCUUCUCUGAUUUGAAAGAGUCCGAGAAAAAGGCUCUCAGCGAUCUCAAGACAAAGCUUGAGGAAGCUAUUACUGAAAACACUCUCUUGAAAGAGAGUCCUGUUAAGGUGGAGAAGAAGAAGAGUGAGGCUAUUGUUACCGAAGAAGAAGCUAAAGCUGAGACGAGUGAACCAGCGGUUGUUGCUGAGGACAGCCCCAAGGAAGAGGCCAAGACUGAUGCUAAUGCUGAGACCAUUGAGAAGGAAAGCCCUGAAGAAGAAGUAAAGGCUGAGACUGUGGAUAACGACAUCGAGCUAUGGGGAGUGCCACUGCUUCCAAGCAAAGGAGCUGAAGGAACCGAUGUGAUCCUCAUGAAGUUCUUGAGAGCAAGAGACUUCAAAGUCAACGAAGCCUUUGAGAUGCUCAAGAAAACCCUCAAGUGGAGAAAGGAACACAAGAUUGAUUCAAUCCUUGGAGAAGACUUUGGGGAGGAUCUUGCCUCUGCAGCUUACAUGAACGGUCUGGACCUAGAAUCACGCCCUGUCUGUUACAAUAUCUACAGCGUUUUUGGUAACGAGGAGCUUUACCAGAGCAGGGAGAAUCUAUUGAGAUGGAGGUUUCAGCUGAUGGAGAAGGGAAUCCAGAAGCUUGAUCUGAAACCAGGAGGUGUUACUUCUCUUCUCCAGAUCCAUGAUCUCAAGAACUGUCCUGGACUUUAUAAAAAGGAGCUCUGGGUCGCAAUCAAAAACGCAAUAGUAGCUCUGCAGGAUAAUUACCCGGAACUCGUCUCCAGAAACGUAUUCAUAAAUGUUCCCUUCUUGUUCUAUGCUGGCAGCACUCUCCUGUCACCAUUCUUAACUCAAAGAACCAAGAGCAAGUUUGUUGUGACUCGUCCAGCUAAUGUCACAGAGACUCUUCUCAACUACAUUCCAGCAGAAGAGAUCCCGGUUCAGUACGGUGGUUUCAAAAGAUAUGAUGAUACCGAGUUCUCCAACGAAGCUGUUUCUGAAGUUGUCGUUAAGCCUGGAUCAUCUGAAACCAUAGAGAUCCCAGCUGCUGAGACUGAAGGGACAUUGGUGUGGGACAUUGCGGUUUUGGGAUGGGAAGUGAGUUACAAGGAAGAGUUUGUACCAGCAAAUGAAGGGGCUUACACUAUAAUUGUCCAAAAGGGGAAGAAGAUUGGAUCAAACGAAGGACCGUUGAGGAACAGUUUCAAGAACAGUGAGUCUGGUAAGAUUGUUCUGACCGUUGACAAUGUUUCCAGCAAGAAGAAGAAGAGAGUUCUGUACAGGUACAGGAACAAGACGGAGUCCUCUUGCUGAAAUAGAGGCUUUUCAGCAGAUAUCUAUCUAAGCAGUCUAUAAAAUAUUCUUUUGCUACAGCUUAAAGUUUGAUGUCAUUGUUUAAUUGAAAUUCAAUCUUUUGCUUGUUCUGUUAUGAGAUUUCUUUCUGUUGUUUUUA